AAAACCAAAAAACUAGAUCAUACUGUAUCUCUCUAAAAAGCAUUGGUCUCACUCUUUCUCUCUCUUAAAAGCAUUGGUGGCUUCGUAUCUGGUUUUGUGAGACAUGUCAAUAGCAGCACUAAAAACGACAACAACCUUGAAACAAAGAAAGGGGGUAUUACUACAUGAAAAUAGGAAAUCUGGCCAAUUCCUUUAUCUCCCACCAUCCGUUAAAAUUUGCAAAUUCAAUGAGCUAUAGCAGCUAGCUUGGACAUACUAGGAGUACUUUUAUAGUACAAACCUUCUCUCUCUCUCUCUCUUUCCAUUAUCACUGCAAGACUUGUUGAAGAUCUGCUAAAUUAAUCGACAUUUUGUGGGAAGGGUGUGUGAUCAGUUAUCAGGGAAAAUGUGUGAUCAGUUAUCAGGGAAAAUGACGAGGAAGAAAAUUCAGAUUAAGAAGAUCGACAACACGACGGCAAGGCAGGUGACUUUCUCAAAGAGGAGGAGGGGGCUUUUUAAGAAAGCUUUUGAGCUCUCUACUCUCUGCGAUGCUGAUAUUGCUCUCAUAGUCUUUUCUGCAACUGGAAAGCUCUUUGAGUACGCCAGCUCAAGUAUGCAGCAGGUAAUUGAAAGACAUAAUCUACACUCAGAUAAUCUUGGAAAAAUGGACCAACCGUCUCUUGAGUUGCAGCUUGAGAACAGUACCUCCUACACCAUGUUGAGCAAGGAAAUUGAGGAGAAAACACGUGAACUGAGGAAAAUUAAGGGAGAAGAGCUCCAUGGAAUGGAUAUAGAAGAAUUAUGGAAACUAGAGAAAGUGCUUGAAGUAGGCUUGAGCCGUGUUCUAGAAACAAAGGGUGAAAGAUUUCUGGAAGAGAUCACUGUCCUUCAGCGAAAGGGAGCCCAACUGAUGGCAGAAAACCAACGAUUAAAACAGAUGGAGAAUAUGUUUAGCACUCAAACACAUGUACUUGAACAAGGUCGGUCAUCUGAGUCAAUCAGCAAUAUUUGCAACUCAGCUGAUCCUUCUCAAGACAAUGACAGUUCAGACACUUCUCUCAAGUUGGGACUCAAGGGUUUGCCCCUGAUCAUUCAUCCUGGGGUUUCAACCAGGAGAAGCAUUCAUGGUCCGAAAGGGUGGACUCUCAGAAAUAAAUGUGGCAUUAGAAUUUGCUGUAAAUUCUCUUGAGGUUGUGAACAUUUAAGUCAUCGGCCACAGUCGUUGUGGAGGCAUUCGUGCCCCUAUGAGCAUGCAAGAUGAAGUACAUGCCUACAGGAGCAUAUUAGCCUUUUGCAUGUGUCAUAUAUUUGAGGUAAAUAACAAUAUUAAUGCAGAAAUGUUUAUCGCUUGGCUAACACAAAGUGCAUUUUAUGCUUCACACGUUGAAUGGAUUAUUGAAGAUGCCCAGCAUUCUUUUAUAAACAGGACUGCCACUCUUCUGAAACUUUUUUUCCUUUAAAUUUCUCUUUUCCUUACCCAAUAAACAAAAGUUGAGGGCUUUUAUGACUAUUAUUAAAAUUUCCCUUUAGACAUGGUUAGAAUGCCUGCUAAUUCCUUAGAAAUGAGGCUAAAUCAACUUUGCACAAAGGUUAUGCACGAGAUUCACAUAUGCAGGGGGUUAGAAAUACCAGGCAGUUUCUACUUGAAUGAAGGUCGUAGACAGAAUGGUGCUGAUCUUGGUAAGGGUGGGUCUCCAUUUGUGAGAAGUUUGUGUAAACCAAACAGCUCAUGCAGCUAAUGAAUGUUGCUCUGGAAAAGACAAUACGCAGAUUUAUAAAAAGUUCUUGCAUGUCGUGUGUCUAAGUCUCUUACACGAUCCUAUUACAGGAAUCAGUUAACCAUUCCCUGUUGAAACUGCUCACAUACCCAUAAAUAGAACAAAAUCUGGCUAAAGGAGAACUCUCUGCAUGGUGGCUGCAAUGACUUUGUUGACUACAUUUGAGAAGUGGACACUGGAUUACUCUGGAAUAAUUAGUGGCCCUUUUCUCACUUGCACUCCCAAACACUCACGCUACUCAAAGAAAGUAACUCAAUCACAAAGCACACACAAGGCCACAAGGGGAGAGAGUGUGGAGAGGGAAGUGUAAGAGAGCUCUUUAACACUUGUAUUUCUCUUCUUUCACUCUUGCUUUGAAAUUUUCUGAUGCAUCGGUUAUAUAUACUAUUCCAUCUAUCCUCUUAAUUCCAACUACAUUUAUUUUCUAAACUUUUAUAUUUAUAAAAUCCCAGACAUAACUUCAAGAAACCCCCCACAUGCAUUUGUUGCAAUUUAUUUAACUUAUUAAACUCACAGUUAUUAAUGAAAUUUUAAUUAAAAACAAGUUUAAUUUCUAACGUCCCUUCUUAAACCUAUUUUCAUUAUCACUCCAAGUAAGGCUUGUAGCUUGUAGUUUGUAGAAGGUGUCAUACUUUAGUGGCUUAGUGAAGAUAUUUGCAAUAUGAUCAUGUGAUUUCAGGAACUCAAGUUGAACUUCAUUUCUAGCAAUACAUUCUCGAAUAAAAUGACACCCUUGUAUUGACUUGCUUGCUUUGGUAGUGAAAGACUAGAUUCUUGGCAAGAGUUAGUGUCGAUUUAUUGUUUACAAAUAUCUUUGUAGCUUCUUCUUGUAGCUUUUGCAACUCCUUCAACAAACUUCUAAGCCAAGUUGCAUGACAAACACUAGAGGUAGCAGCAACGUACUUAGGUUUACUUCUUAGAAGUCAAUGUAAACACAGUAUCACCCAAAUCGAAUACAAAACCACUAGUACUCUUUUUUUAUUGUCCAUGUCUCUAGCUCAAUCACUAUCAUUAUAGCCAAUAAGGUGAAUUCUCUUCUCUAUCUUCUCCUUUGGAAUGAAAUUGCAAUGAAUCUCUUGUUGUGCGCUUGUUAGAGAUUUCUCAUUCUUCAUGUAAUUUGAAUGUUCUUCGUCUUUGAAGAUUUGUGGUGGAAUUUUCUGGAGGCAUUAAAGUUUAAAUCCAAUAAAACUUUGAUGGAAUAGAGUACUUGAAGUCUCUAGGGCUUUGAGUUGACUCCAGUAGAACUUUGAUAGUUGGAAGGAUGAUUUGGAUGAAUGUCUAUCAAAUUCGAAUAUCUAGAUGUAGAAGUUCUUUAGGGCUUUGGAGCUUGAUUUGAUAGAGCUUCAAAACUUGAAAUUAUUGAAAUUCUUGGAGGCUUCAGAACUCGAUUUUAGUAGAACUUUAAGGCUUGGAGGGAUUAAUGUUCUUCGUAUUUGAAGAUUUUGAUGUAGAAAUUGUUCGUGGCAUUGGAGCUGGAAUUUGACAGACCUUCAAUAGUUGAAAUUCUUGAAGUUCUUACAAGCUUUAGAGCUUGAUUCUAGCAGAGUUUUGAGACUUAUGAAUGUCAUCCUACAAGAUCAAUGGGAGUCUCUAUUUAUAAGAAUUUUGAGAAGGUUUAAUGGCAUAUGAUUGACUUUGAUUGAUGACAUGUUUCAUAAUUUAAAUGGAGGGGGUUCUCAAAGAGACACAUGUACAUCGCCAUUUGAUUAGGCAAAUUGUCUUAAUUUAAAAUAACACAUGGUAGCAUUUAAUUAGACUACUUAUGACACUUUAAAUUAAAAUAUUAACAUGUGUUGGCAUGUGAUUGGCUUUCAGGUAUUCUUUGUAAUUUUUAUUCAAUGACAUUUGGAAUAUUUCAUUGGUUUUGAA